AUAUGCCCUUUAUCCAGAUUGUUGGUAUGACGCCUACCAACAAAUCGUUUAUUAUCGCGCAUGCCGUUGUUAGUAAAGAACGGGGUGAUAACUUUGUGUGGGUGCUUGAGAGGGUUAAGUCAAUGUUGGAUGAAUGUAUGGAGCCACGUGUGAUUUUAACGGAUAGAGACCUAGCCCUUAUGGGCGCGUGUGCUAAAGUAUUUCCAGACGCCUCCAGGCUUCUUUGCAGGUGGCACAUACAACAGAAUGUUAUGAAGCACUGCAAGGGUGCCUUCACAGACGACGACUGGAAGAAAUUUAUGUCAUUCUGGGGGACAUUGAUUGAGUCUCCAUCCAUACCCAUCUACGACUACCACUUGCGCAACAUGCGAAAGCGACUUGUGGAGUGCAAACGUUCUAGAGUCUUCAAAUACGUGUACGAUAACUGGCUAAAAGACUAUAAGGAGAUGUUUGUCUUUGCGUGGACUGAUAAGAGGCGCAACUUUGGUAAUCGUACUACAAACAGAGUUGAGAGCCAACAUGCCAACUUAAAGAGAUACGUCGAAGAUAGGAGCUCGCUGGACCGUAUAGUUGGUUGUGUCCGGGAUAUAGUUGAGACACAGUUCGGUGAAAUAAGGAAGACUUUUCGAGAAAGCAUCGAAAAAACAAUGAAACACCACAAACACCCGAUGUUUCAACACCUACUUGGAAAAGUAUCCCACAAAGCCCUUGACUUAUUGCAUGGAGAGGCAAUUAGGAAGCUAGAUGUCUUGGAGCGCUUUAAUUCAUCAUGUGGUUGCCAAAUGUGGCACAGCUGUGGGUUGCCCUGUGCUUGUAGGAUAGAAAAGUACAUGCGUGAAGAACGUCCGAUUCAACUCGAAGACAUAGACGUCUUCUGGCGGAAACUUAACUUCCAAAGUUGUAAAUUGAUAGACGACUCCCUUGACGUGGUCGAAGAGCUAGAUGUUGUUAGACAACAAUUACAGUCGCACCCCCCAGCUCAGCAAAAAAGCCUGCUUUCAAAGAUUAAAGCGGUGUACAGGGAGCUGCUGGUCGAGUUCCUUUCGUCAUUCACAUUUCACCCUCCUGGGGAGCCAGUGCCGCUUCCGUACCCAGGUGCUCCCCAUCCGCCUGAGGUUUCUUUCAGGCUUGCUGGCGUUAUGCGUUCGAUGACGCUAGCACAGUUUGCGGUGCAUUGUGGUUUAUACAUGCAGGAGGAGAUCGAGACUGAGAUUUACACAGCGGGGCUAGUGGUGGUUGAAAAACCCACUCUUGUAGGGUUUUGGCAGGUGAUUGCGGGGGCGGAUCAUUGGGAGCACGAAAAGUCGAAGGGGAGGGUGUCGUUUGUUAGGGACCCACUAUACAGGUAUCUGCACCAUUUGCUCGCCACUUCUAUUUCAGCUCGCGGCUACAGCCGUGAGUGGUGUACGACCACAGAUCUUUUUUUCCUUUACUGUUUGUUGUAUAGGAGGCCGUGCGCGCUAGCACACGGUCUAGCCCAGUACUUCGCCUCCGGCCAUCACCGGCAGGAGCGCGGAUUUUUGUAUGGCGGGGCGUACGUGACCGUCAUUGCCCGUUCAUUGGGCCUCGUACCACACCAGGACCCACAUCUACGGACGCCGGCCAUCAUGCCGACGCGGAUGGGUAUGCAGUCGCUAUGGGGGAUGAGGGUUAUCAAGAGGUUCCCCGUUGGCCCGCGGUUUAAAAACCGCGACGGGGGCGUAUGGAGAGAGGAGGCCCUACCAGAGCAUUUCGAGCCCGUUCAUCCUCCUGCAGAUCCUGCUGAUGUAGUGCCCGUGGAGGACCCUCCGGAGGAUCUAGACGGUGCAGCGGAGCCACAGCCACCGCCACCUGCCGGGGCACCUCAGUUUCCACGUCACGUUAUUCGAGGUCGUGCCCCAGGAGCUGCGCUACAUCCGGAUGUACGAGCCAGGCUUGACAGGCUCGACGAUUUGAUAUAG